CCUGCAAGGAAGGAGCGAGAGGGUGGAGGGAUCCUGUGGGGCGCCGGUGGUCUUUUUCCUUUCCUGCUUGUCAGAGGGGGAGCCUUUUGUCCGGGGGCGACGCGUAGGGACCACUCUCUCGGCUGACACGGAGGCCGGCCGGUGCUUUUAGAGGCGAUUUCUCUAGUUAUCAGUUCCCACUUGGGUCCCGGGAGUCCGUGAGCGGGGCCGGACGCUGCCUUUGACUCCGGGCUGGGCGCACGUGCUCUCACGAAACGUCCUCUCGCGCGCCAAGCCUCCCGCCCAGCCACCCGCUGUUGCCAGAAUAGUUUCUUGGCGAUCGGUGAUCCUCGCUUUCAACUUCGGGCAGGGCUCCGCUUCUAGUCGCGGCUCCUUUUCCAGCGCGCACAGGAGCCUCUGAGGAGCACCGGCUCUCCAGGGCUGGGCGCACCCUUGAGCAGAUGGAGAAAAUGAAGCCGCGGCCCGCGGUGGACCAGCCGCUGCGAACCGCCAGCUGCAAUGGGUACGCGCUGGCGGAGAAGCAGCCGCCCCCCCAGCGGAGGCGCUCCGGGGAAGCGCCGUCCCGCAGCUGGAAGGCCGCGGCUGGUGAGCGUUCCUUAGAGAGCUGGAAGGAAGAGAGGACCCGCAGCGAAGAGGACAACGAAAUGAACUUGCCCGGCCUGACCGCCGCUUACACCACCAUCCUGCGCGCCUUGGGCGAGGACCCGCAGCGCCCCGGGCUGCUCAAGACGCCCUGGAGGGCGGCCACGGCCAUGCAGUUCUUCACCAAGGGCUACCAGGAGACCAUUACAGAUGUACUCAAUGAUGCCAUAUUUGAUGAAGACCACGAUGAGAUGGUGAUCGUGAAGGAUAUAGAUAUGUUUUCAUUGUGUGAACAUCACCUGGUUCCAUUUGUUGGAAAGGUGCAUAUAGGUUACCUUCCCAACAAACAAGUCCUUGGGCUCAGCAAGCUUGCAAGGAUUGUGGAAAUAUACAGUAGACGAUUACAAGUUCAGGAGCGCCUUACAAAACAAAUUGCUGUUGCCAUCACAGAAGCCUUGCAGCCUGCCGGAGUUGGGGUGGUGAUUGAGGCAACGCACAUGUGCAUGGUGAUGCGAGGGGUUCAGAAAAUGAACAGUAAGACUGUAACCAGCACGAUGCUUGGAGUAUUCCGAGAAGACCCAAAGACACGUGAAGAAUUUUUGUCACUCAUUCGUAGCUAAAACCAGUUUUCUUUCCUGGACUGUCUUCUCUAGCAUUGCUGUCGAUUCUUUUGCUGUUUGUCUUGGUCUUUCUCUUUUUGCAAAAGUAACAGUCACUUUAACAUUUCUGGGUUUUUGGUGUGUCGAUGGUAAGUGCAACAUGUACUUUAUUUGCUCAAAUGAUUCCUUGUGUCAGUGGACUAUAAAAGUCCUGGAAAUACUUUCUCAGUCUAUGUUACGUGACUGUUUUAAGGCAAAUGUCAUGCAGUGGCUAUGUGUUUUGUGUGAGCUUAGUAGGGUUGUUCUUGUCAAGGUCAUCUGAAGUGGGUUUAAGGACAUAUCGCCACUGAGACCGAGAAACCUUGUGCCCUAAUGUCCACAAAAUUUCUCCUUCCUUUUUCAAGGUCAUGAAAGACGGACAAGGGAGUUGGAGAUUUUUUUAUAUUCUAGAUGUUAAAGGAUGCCAUGUCCUUCUCAUAUGAUCAUCUCUUUUUAGAGAAUGAUUGAGCCAUACUUCCCCCACCCACCCGAAAUCAGGGGGGAAUUAUCCAUCACUACUCCUUGUUUCAGAGCAACUUGUACAACCAGUCCCCCAACCCUCCCCUUUGUACCUCAGUUGCAGCUAACCCAAUUCUCCACUUUCUCAAUCUCUCUUACAUCUUGCAAAUGAGUUUGGGCCCCCUUCCCUCAGGUGGAUGGGUUUUACCUGCCCUUUGCUCAGAUGCCUCUCAGAUCCCAGGAAAUGGAAAUUAUGGGCCUUUCAGAAAAGGAAGGAAUAUCUGGAACCCUUCUUUUGGGGUGGGUUGGAUUAUUUGUGUUCAUUAUAGGGCCAUUACCCUUGACAUAAUAGGAUUUUUUUUCCUAAAAGACCAAGGAUCUGAAAUCUGGAGAUAUGCACUUUAAUCUCACCAUAAUCCAGGAAACUGGGUUGCAACUACUUUUCCUGCAAAGGAGUAGCUUAAACAAGAGACUUGGCAAAAGCUGUGGCACUGAAGAGACAAAGAAUAAGUCAUGUUUUGCCUGGGGUUUAUUUCACUAAUGGAACAAGGUACAAAAUGGAAUCCCUUUUGAAGGGAAGGGAGCAGAGGAAUUAGGUGCAAACCCAGCCCUCCCGUACUGUAUAAACUGGGUCUUCAUUUCCAGUCUUGCUAGGCAUUCUGGGAGUUGUAGUUUCAACACAUUUGGAGGGUAUAAAUUGCGGGAGGCUGGACUGUCUUCAAGAGUCCAGGACUGAUUAAAUUUUGUUAGGGAAAAACGCAAUGCUCAAAUCCUAUCUGAAGCUGAUUUAGAUGUUGUCUGUAGUAAAUUGUAGUGCUCUUUUUACCACAUUAUUUCUACCCAACAUGGUUUGUGACUAUACUCUGGACACUACAUGGUUUGCAUUCUGUACUGGCCUAUUUCCAAGGCUUUCAUUCAAGUAAGAGCGAUCUUAAUCACUUCUUGGAUGUUAGCCCCACAUUGUUUACAGUGGCUUGGUGCCAAUUUCAGUCCACCUCCAGCCUGGGAUUUCUGCCUCUUUGCCGUGACAUUGACAAACAUUUUGAACAGAGUCAGUUUUCAGAAAAAUAUGGAAUAUUAAGAGCCUGUAUUUAGCAGCCAAUUCCUUAAUUAUCUUCAGUUCUAUUUGUUGUUCAUGCUGUUCACAAGUGAUUUUGCAAGCUAAAAAUAUGUCGAGGGGAACACAAGGCUCUCUGGAAAAACCCAGAGCUUUGUCUUUCUGACUCUCUCCUUUCAUAAAUGGGUAAUAUUAUAGACUCUGUUUCCUUGGCAGAGUUAGCAACUGCUCUCUUCUGUGGCCCUUGGCAAGUUCUCAUCAUUGGGAGGGGAAAGCAAAGACUUAGAUCAUGAAACAGACAGUCUGUGUAGCUCCAGUGGGUUCCAGUUGUUUGUGUGAAGGACUUUGAAGGAUCCACCUCAUCUCAGUUCUGGCCAUAAAGGUGCCAAAAUCCUCAGCUGAAUUCAGGCUUACCAAAACACCAUCCAGAAUUCCAUGUUCUGAGACAACUUGCAUAAUGCAGUUUGCUCAGUCAUGGUAGGAGAUAAGGAGCUGCGCGCGGCACAGAGCUCCAGAUGUUUUGUUCAACCUCCCUUUGGGUUUUUGGGAUGCCACACUCAAUUGCUUAGUUCACAAGUAUUUCUUUGCUGUGUUAGCUCAAAUGCUCCUGGAGCUGAUUUCAACAUGCAAUUCUUAAUGGGCUUUCUGUUGGAUGCAUGGCAGCAUACCCAGUUUUGCAAGAGGGUUUACAGCAUGCAGAAGCUCCAGCCAAUGAUGCCUUUCUAACACAUGCUGCCUUCUAGGGAAGCAGGCAUGAUUUCAUGUCCACACCUCAACUUUGGGCAUAUACCUAAACCCAGGAUGGGCAACCUAUAGUUGCAGGAUUGCUCUGGCACCUGAUUCCUGUUUAUGACUCAGAGCUCCCCGGCCCUGACUGCUAAACAUGAAGACAGAGUCUCCUGCGAUUUGAUGCAGGAUACAUGAAAACUCCCAUACAAGCCCUUAAAUAGGCUUAUCACUGUUAAACCCGCCCCCGUCCCCAAUUCCCUCACAUGAUAUAACCGCACUUGCUUUUUGCUCCUAAGCCCCAUCACAGUAUUAAAUGCAAUAUUAGCCAGCAAAGGUUGCCCACUUCUGACAUAAGUAUCUAAUUCCUGCUUUGGGCACUGGCUUCCUUCAUCACAAAAUCCUCAGCAGAUGAGCGAUUGAGAAAGGUGCACAUGGGAGUUGCGAGCACAGCAGCGCUGGGUUCUGCAAACAGACACUUUUUGUGGUGACCCCAAAGUAGGUCAAGCUCUUUCCCCCCUCUUGUGUAACUGGAAUGUCAUGAAAAGCGGCUUACUGGAACUGAUCUCAAUCAUUGCCCUCUGAAUGGAAAACUUAUUAAAGAAAGUUUUAUAACCACUCUAAUUAGAGAAAGAUGGGAUCAGAGCCACCGCUUCACACUCCUAGUUUAUGUGAGAUGCUCAUUUCACUUUGUCCACUGGACAAAGCAGCCUGUUUAGCUGGGCCUGGUGGAAACAAGUGGCGCCUUCUUGUCCGUUUUGCUUGUUGGCUUGUUGGCUUAGCCACCACAGAAAGCAAGGAUGAAGCAGCAGCAUCGGUGGAGGGGGUGUGGGUCAAAAUCUGCAAGAUGGCAGGUGCAGUAUCGCAAUCCAUUGUUGUAUGCACAUACAAAAUGGUGGGGAUUGUGACAUUCUGCCUGCAAUCUUGCAGAUUUUGUCACCCCCUCCACCCCGCUUGGAUGAUGGGCAGAAUUUUGCAGCAUUGGCAGAGACAACUUUUUACCUUUUUUGGGGGGUGGGGGUUGGCUGUUGGGAGGUUAUGGGGCAAAUGCAGAGGUUUAAAGAACCCCUUGCAUCCUUUGAAACUAUGAUCACACUAGAAUCCAGCCAAUGUCCUCAUUUUGGAGAAAGCUUUAAGGGGCAAAAUGGAUGCUGUAAGGCUUUCCUCCUUAACUUGCCAACUCCCCCAAAUCAUGAAAAAAAAUCCACCAUAGACUCUGGCGAUGUUACAACAUCAUUGACAAAAUUUCCUGUGGUCCCCAGUCAAGGGAAAACAUUACAGUGUGAUUCCCAGGCUAAAAAAAGGUUGCCCAUCCUUGGAUUAGACCCUUUGGAUUCAUUGAGCACUCUUUUUAAUGUUCUUAUGGAACAUUCACAGGAAUGAAUAUGUAGAGCUUUGCAGAAAUUUUCAUUAGUUUUCUUUGUUGGCCAGAUCUUGCUUUUCCUUCAAGAAACGUAUCUGGGUUUCCCCCAUUUUAUUCCCUGGGAGAUUAAAAGCAAACCUAAUCAACUUCCUGACUCUGCUGAAGUUUUGAGUCUAACCCUCUCUGACUUGUAACGCUGCGUCCCUCUAUGUCACUUCGCAAAUUGCACUCUGAUGUCUCAAAGCCUUAAAAUGCACUGUCAUAUCAGCUGAAAGUUGGGAAAAGCAAGUGAUGUGAUCAGUCUGGAAAGUAUAAGAGAGUCUAGAGGAGGACUAUACGGUUUUCAUUGCACCUGUCCUUGAAACAGGAACCGCUACAGCCUGCUUUGGUCAAGGGGUAGAGGAAAUAGCUGCACCCAGCCAGUCUCUGUGUCUUCUUUCUUACCAUGCAGUCCUUCAGCCAAACCUCUUGACCGGUUCUUGGAUGCACCCUUAUAGCAACACUUCCUCUCUUGUGCUGUUUGAAAGGACAUGAGAUGCAAAGAAGUGGACUUCCAUUCCUUUCUAUGGAACAAAGGAAAUUCCAAGUGGCUUGUUCUCUUUGUGGCCUUAGUAUGGGUUGAGAUCCUUUGGCUCAGUGAAUACUAUUUAUAAUUUUUGUGAACCCUGUCUCUUGCCCCUUAAUGUCCUUAUACUACCGCGUUUAUGUAGGUACAUGUAUGUAUGUGUUUAUCUAAAUAUGUAUAUGUACAUGUAUGCAAACCAUAUGCAAUUUGCUGUUGUCUCUCCCUCCAAUCAAAUUCUGGUCUAUUUAUAGUAUUAAAAUGCAGUGUUGAUCACUUUUGGAGAUA